UGAUUACACAAGAAAAUGAAAUAUAACUGUAUGUGUCAAUUUACUGUGUUUGAAUUUUUAGGCAUACUGAAGCAACAAAAUGCAACAGAAGGCGAAGUGUUUUCUAUAAAAGACAAUUCCAUCCUAACCUGGUCAACAGAGAGGACAUUGUCUGGAAUAAGAGGCAUGAAGAUGGUUUCCUUUUCCUGUACCUGCAUUGUGUUGAUUCUGCCCUUUGUGAUUGUUCAACAUGUGGAUAGUUCCUUCUCGGCUGGGGGAUCCGUGUAUACUCGCUGGGGUCAUAAUGAAUGUCCAAGAAGUGCCAGAAAAAUUUACUCAGGUUUUGCUGGCGGAUCCCAUUAUUCACAUCAUGGGGCUGCAGUGGAGCCCCUCUGUUUACCUAAACACCCACAAUGGGGACGCCAUAACGGAAGAACAGAUGCUCCCAGAGGAUUUAUCUACGGUGCUGAAUACGAAGUUCAUCAUGACUUCAUCCAUUCUCAUCUUCACGACCAAGAUGUGCCAUGUGCUGUCUGUCAGACUCGCAGAGGGAAAGACGUAAUGGUUAUUCCAGCAAGAACGUCCUGUUAUCGCGGAUGGAGAAAGGAGUACUCCGGCUACCUGAUGACUGGUAGAUACACUCACCCGGCGGCCUCCACCUACUCCUGUGUGGAUCAGCACCCCCGGGCCGCAGUGGGAGGGCAUCAGAACCAUAACGGGUACCUGUUCUACCUGGUGGAGGCCCGCUGUGGUAGCCUGAAGUGUCCGCCGUACCACAGCGGAUGGGAAAUCUCCUGUGUCGUGUGUUCGAAACUAUGAGACAUUUAUCUUUGAAAUAAAUUGAAUCCAG